AUGACAAGUGAAGCACCAAGUUGGGCGGAUCAAUGGGGAACCGGAGGGAUCGGAGAGAUGCCGGAGGAAGAGAACACCAACGGUGCCGGCGGUAAGAAGUCCGGCAAGACCAAAUCCGGAAUUAACAAAGGCAAGAUCGUUGACUUCAUAAGUUUCAAGUGGAUGAAGAAUCUUGUGACUAAGAAGAAGAAAGACUCUAAUUCUUCAAAAUGA